UCUCAGUUCGUUGCGGGGAAACUGAAUCAUUUUUAGUACGGAAUUUACUAUCCAAUUUUACCGAUAAAAUUGUUCGUUUUUAGUUUGAAUUUGCCUUCCUGAAGGUCAAAUAUCUAAAACAUGACGCUAAAUCCAGAAUAUGAUACCCUUGCUAAAACAUUUGUGCAGCAAUUCUACGCUAUUUUUGAUGAUCCGACGAGGCGUGCAACCCUGGCCACCUUCUACAACGAAGAAAGAUCUAUGCUGACCUUUGAAGGAGAACAAUUCUUUGGCUGUUCAAAAAUCAUGGCAAAAAUUCAGAGUUUGACGUUUCAGAAGAUAGCCCACAAUAUUACUGCUGUAGAUGCCCAGCCAAUGUUCGAUGGUGGUAUUCUAAUUUCUGUCCUAGGUCAAUUAAAGACGGAUGAUGACCCUCCACAUAGUUUUAAUCAAGUGUUUAUACUCAAACCUACACCCGAUACUGGAAGCUUUUUUGUUGCUCACGACUCUUUCAGGUUGUCGCUGCACUCUAUGUAAACAUGUAUACCAUUGAUUUCUAUUCAAGAUAAUUUUUAAGGCUUUCAACAAAGUAAUAUUUUAUGACUGAGGUUAAUUGAAAUGUAUAUGUAAUUUUUUUCAUUCAAUAAAAUGUGAUGUACUUUGCUUAUAAUGUAACUGUUUGUCAUCUU